AUGGCACUGAGACCAACAACUGAUGUUUACAAUGCACUAUUAGAGGGACUAUAUUGGGAUGGCAGAAUAAACACUGCAAAGAGGAUUUUUAAUGAGAUGCAACGUUCUGCAGAGAAGUUUCUUAAUGAGAGGGCAUUUGCUUCUCAUUUUCCAGAUGCUGGCAGGUUGGAAAAUGCAAGAAAACUUUUUAAUCACAUUCCAAGAAAAAGAUUAGUUCCUAAUGUGGUAACAUACAACACAAUGAUCAGAGGUCUAUUUUCUAACAAGAUGUUCUUGGAAGCUGCCAAAUUAAUCAUCAAAACUGAAGAGGAAGGUUGUUUACCAAAUUCUAAAACAUAUGAUACCAUCAUCAAUGGUUUUUUAGGAGGAAAAGAGACAGGAAAGGCAUUGCAGUUUCUUCGCAAGAUGUAUGGAAGACACUUUGCAUCAAGUGAUUCUACCGUCAUCAAUGGUGGUUCCGGAGGAAAAGAGACUGGCAACGCAUUGCAGAAUCUUCGCAAUAUGCUAAAAAAUCUGGAAGAAACUAGAAAAAUCUUUUCACCAAGCGAUUCUAUUAUUUAUUCUUUGGUAAAAACUCUCUGCAGAUGA